UACACCUCACACUCCCCCCUUUCAGGCAAACCUGGAUCUCAGUGGGAGAGUGAGAGAGGAAGGCCAUCCUGUCUGUAUCCCCAGGCUGAGCACUCACACACAGAGGGACGAUGAGGCUAGGCUGGGUCCGAGGGCUGGCCCCUUUGCUGGCCAUGGCUGCUGGAAUACUCUACAUCACAUCCAUUAAGCGGGAGGUUCAUUCUCAUGGGGAGAGACUGCAGAGGGCCCAUCAGAAUGACUCGGUCAGGGGCCAGGACAUGCUCAAGAGGCUGGAGAAGAUGGAAGCUCACAUCGAGAAGCUGGGUAAGUCUUAAUCUCCUUCAUUUAACUGUGACUUACCUGGAAGAGAAAUGCCAGUAGCUCUGUCCACACACUGUACCUGGACUACAGUCUGCCACUGUUCUAGAUGGUAGGGCAGAUAUAGAGGGGAGGUUUUGAGAACAAAUUAGAAUCUAGCCUGAGCGUACAUGUAGAGUUGAUCCCAGAAAAAGUUAUUUCACACUUCAGAGUGAUGAUUGUAGAAGGGAAUUUGUUCUCAAUUAAAUAAAGGGUUUAAAUAUGGCCCAUAACCAUUUUAGAAUGCACUUUAAUCCUGUAUAAUGUUGCAUGUUGCACAACAUUUGUUAAGUUUUGAUCUAUCAACUUCUAUGUGCCAAAGUUUGCCGCAUUGCUUACUUUUACAUUUACAAAAAAAAUAAAAACUUUUACAAUAGUUACAUCAAGGUAAUUCUCCAAGGCGGAAACAGAGUUCCGAACAACAGUGCAGAUCAAAAAUUGCAGAACGGCGCAAAGUUCUGUACCCAAUCUUCAAGGAGAAUAGAUUCAAAUGGAAAUGUGUAGCUCUCGUAGUCGAUAAACUGUAUAUUGAUAACCAAAUGUUCCGAGACACAAAGACUACUCCAUGGCUAUUCUAAAUAUUACAAAGUUCCCAUAGAGGAGUCGAAUAAUGCAACACCCAAUACUAGCCAUGGUAGGGAUUGUAAUAAUUUUUUUAUAGAAAAGCAAUAAAAUACAACAAUUGUUAAAGAAAUAAACUAUUUACAACUACACUAUACCAUUCUAGAUAGGGAAUGUUGGAAAAUAAUUUGUAUUAGACUUUCCAUUUAUAGUAUUUAAUGAAUUGAUAAGACAGCAUUAGAAGAAAGGAUAAUUAACGAAAUAAUACAUCUUCAAAUAUAAGGAACUGGAACACAAAAGUACUCAAUCAACAUGGUAGAGACAAAACACAGCAAACAGAGGACAUAGAAGGCACAGUAUGUGGGUAUGUGCAGAUGUACAGUGCCUUGCAAAAGUAUUCAUCCCCCUUGGCGUUUUUCCUAUUUUGUUGCAUUACAACCUGUAAUUUAAAUGAAAUUUUAUUUGGAUUUCAUGUAAUGGACAUACACAAGAUAGUCCAAAUUGGUGAAGUGAAAUGAAAAAAAUAACUUGUUCCAAAAAAUUAUACAAAAUAAAUAAUGGAAAAGUGGUGCGUUCAUAUGUAUUCACCCCCUUUGCUAUGAAGCCCUAAAUAAGAUAUGGUGCAACCAAUUACCUUCAGAAGUCACAUAAUUAGUUAAAUAAAGUCCACCUGUGUGCAAUCUAAGUGUCACAUGAUCUGUCACAUGAUCUCAGUAUAUACACCUGUUCUGAAAGGCCCCAGGGUCUGCAACACCACUAAGCAAGGGGCAUCACCAAGCAAGUGGCACCAUUAAGACCAAGGAGCUUUCAAAACAGGUCAGGGACAAAGUUGUGGAGAAGUACAGAUCAGGUUUGGGUUAUAAAAAAAUAGCCGAAACUUUGAACAUCCCACGGAGCACCAUUAAAUCCAUUAUUAAAAAAUGGAAAGACUAUGGCACCACAACAAACCUGCCAAGAGGGGGCCGCCCACCAAAACUCACGGACCAGGCAAGGAGGGCAUUAAUCAGAGAGGCUAAAAGAGACCAAAGAUAACUCUGAAGGAGCUGCAAAUCUCCACAGCGGAGAUUGGAGUAUCUGUCCAUAGGACCACUUUAAGCCGUACACUCCACAGAGCUGGGCUUUACUGAAGAGUGGCCAGAAAAAAAGUAAUUGCUUAAAGAAAAUAAUAAGCAAACACGUUUGGUGUUCGCCAAAAGGCAUGUGGGAGACUCCCCAAACAUAUGGAAGAAGGUACUCUGAUCAGGUGAGACUAAAAUUGAGCUUUUUGGCCAUCAAGGGAAACAAUAUGUCUGGCACAAACCCAACACCUCUCAUCACCCCGAGAACACCAUCCCCACAGUGAAGCAUGGUGGUGGCAGCAUCAUGCUGUGGGGAUGUUUUUCAUAGGCAGGGACUGGGAAACUGGUCAGAAUUGAAGGAAUGAUGGAUGGCGCUAAAUACAGGGAAAUUCUUGAGGGAAACCUGUUUCAGUCUUCCAGAGAUUUGAGACUGGGACGGAGGUUCACCUUCCAGCAGGACAAUGACCCUAAGCAUACUGCUAAAGCAACACUCAAGUGGUUUAAGGGGAAACAUUUAAAUGUCUUGGAAUGGCCUAGUCAAAGCUCAGACCUCAAUCCAAUUGAGAAUCUGUGGGAUGACUUCAAGAUUGUUGUACACCAGCGGAACCCAUUCAACUUGAAGGAGCUGCAGCAGUUUUGCCUUGAAGAAUGGGCAAUAGUCCCAGUGGCUAGAUGUGCCAAGCUUAUAGAGACAUACCCCAAGAGACUUGCAGCUGUAAUUGCUGCAAAAGGUGGUUCUACAAAGUAUUGACUUUUGGGGGGUGAAUUUCUUGUUUGUUUCACAAGAAAAAGAAUGUUGUAUCUUCAAAGUGGUAGGCAUGUUGUGUAAAUCAAAUGACAUAAACCCCCCAAAAAUCCAUUUUAAUUCCCGGUUGUAAGGCAACAAAAUAGGAAAAAUGCCAAGGGGGGUGAAUACUUUCGCAUGCCACUGUAUUGUGAUGUUAGGUGUGUGUUUUUGUGUUUGGAAAAGUGUGGAGUUAAGUGAGUGAAAAAGGAUAAGGGUUGCAAAUCCCAGAGCCCAUGUGUGUCUGUGAGCAGGGGUUGUGAGAGAGAGCUUUCAAUUUUGCGUAUUUUAUAUACAUUUUAAAAUAAAUUAUAAAUAUGUGACCAACCGGCUCAAAUCGGUCUUAUGCAAAUGCAAAUAAUAUUACUACACAGAUCAUACACGUAAUGUUAGCUAGCGAGCCAGCCAGCUAACAUUAGCUUGCUAGCUAGAAACGUGUAAUAUAUGAAAAUGUAGCUAGCUAGACUAUCUUACCCUUAUACAUGGACGGACACUUCUCACUCUCUGUCACGGAUGCCAUGGUUGCCCUUAGUUUGAAGAUGUAAUCUGGAGACAGGUGUUUUCUCCAUCUCCUUAGCUAUCAUGCUCUAAUUCCACUGAUUUCAAAACUCGGUCCUCCAGAAAGUGGAGAGCAACACUUAUGCAGUUCUACUAUGCAUAUAUAUACAUUUUUUAAAGCCACAUUAGACCGGAUUACCUACACAUACUGACCAGCUCAAAUAGACAGAAGCGUGCAACAUGGCAGACCAAUUCUAACUCACCUCUCGGCAUGUCCAGCCCACUCAUUAUCUCAGCCAAUCAUGGCUAGUGGGAAGGUUACUGUCUUUUUCUGUGGCUAAACCAACUAGGCUCGUAAUUUAAGAAUUGUAUUCGUAUUUACAGAUGUCAUACAAGUUUGUUAUUAAGGCACAUGAAAGUUCACAUGUUCCAGAAGGCAUUUCUGCCAAAAAAUGCAUUUUGAUUUUUUUAAAACAGUUUACGUUCAAAUGGCUCUCCUGUGAAGUAGUGACGUGCGACAUACGCCUAGUUUCCUGAAAUGAGUGACAUAUAGUUUAUUUAUUUAUUGUCCUAUCAUGAUGGAAUGGUCCCCAACCCUAUAUCCUAGACACCCACCUGAGCGACCCAUACAUUAAGGAGAUGUCCUUAUCUGUUUUAUGGGCCUACUGUAAGUAGCCUAUACGCAGCCAAAUCAGAAAGAUGAAUGCGGUCAGAGACCUACUAAAGCAGCACCAACCCCUCAAGAUUCUGAGCCUGCCUGGCAGGGUUGGUCCUACAAAGCCAAACCCUCCCUGAUGGGAGAGCAUAAUAUACAAGGAAAUUCUCAAAGCUGCUAAUGAGAACCUUUACGACCUUGUACCUAGCCGGUGGGGAUUCCGGUGGAGUAGUGCCACCCAGGUAGUGGCAGUGCUGGCAACAUUAGCUGCAGUAACCCAUGGGGAGGGGGUCACACUCGGACAUUCAGAGAGGGGGCAUAUUAUUGUGGCCCUGGUGGCACAAAAUAAUCAAAGGUCUGACUGCACAGAGAUGCUUGGGAAAAUGGGGGACACCAGCAUGUGUGUGUUUCAGGGGAAGGGGGUGUAUCUGAUCUCCAUCACCUAGGAUUUGACAAUGGUUAAUCAUAUCUCCCCAUUUUUGCUCAAUUUUGCAUGCCUUCUCAAACAGCUGCAACUGUAUAGGCAUUUCUUCAGUUGAGCUCUGAAAUGGAACAACUGUUGAGCAUCUGAUUUUAUGGUUGUUUGUGGGGGAAAGGAGGUUGAGUGUGUGUGAGUGUGUAUGUGUGUGUGUGUGUGUGUACAGUGGGGAAAAAAAGUAUUUAGUCAGCCACCAAUUGUGCAAGUUCUCCCACUUAAAAAGAUGAGAGAGGCCUGUAAUUUUCAUCAUAGGUACACGUCAACUAUGACAGACAAAAUGAGAAAAAAAAAUCCAGAAAAUCACAUUGUAGGAUUUUUUAUGAAUUUAUUGGCAUAUGAUGGUGGAAAAUAAGUAUUUGGUCAAUAACAAAAGUUUCUCAAUACUUUGUUAUAUACCCUUUGUUGGCAAUGACACAGGUCAAACGUUUUCUGUAAGUCUUCACAAGGUUUUCACACACUGUUGCUGGUAUUUUGGCCCAUUCCUCCAUGCAGAUCUCCUCUAGAGCAGUGAUGUUUUGGGGCUGUCGCUGGGCAACACAGACUUUCAACUCCCUCCAAAGAUUUUCUAUGGGGUUGAGAUCUGGAGACUGGCUAGGCCACUCCAGGACCUUGAAAUGCUUCUUACGAAGCCACUCCUUCGUUGCCCGGGCGGUGUGUUUGGGAUCAUUGUCAUGCUGAAAGACCCAGCCACGUUUCAUCUUCAAUGCCCUUGCUGAUGGAAAGAGGAUUUCACUCAAAAUCUCACGAUACAUGGCCCCAUUGAUUCUUUCCUUUACACGGAUUAGUCGUCCUGGUCCCUUUGCAGAAAAACAGCCCCAAAGCAUGAUGUUUCCAACCCCAUGCUUCACAGUAGGUAUGGUGUUCUUUGGAUGCAACUCAGCAUUAUUUGUCCUCCAAACAUGACGAGUUGAGUUUUUACCAAAAAGUUAUAUUUUGGUUUCAUCUGACCUUAUGACAUUCUCCCAAUCCUCUUCUGGAUCAUCCAAAUGCACUUCGGACGGGCCUGGACAUGUACUGGCUUAAGCAGGGGGACACGUCUCGCACUGCAGGAUUUGAGUCCCUGGCGGCGUAGUGUGUUACUGAUGGUAGGCUUUGUUACUUUGGUCCCAGCUCUCUGCAGGUCAUUCACUAGGUCCCCCCGUGUGGUUCUGGGAUUUUUGCUCACCGUUCUUGUGAUCAUUUUGACCCCACGGGGUGAGAUCUUGCGUGGAGCCCCAGAUCGAGGGAGAUUAUCAGUGGUCUUGUAUGUCUUCCAUUUCCUAAUAAUUGCUCCCACAGUUGAUUUCUUCAAACCAAGCUGCUUACCUAUUGCAGAUUCAGUCUUCCCAGCCUGGUGCAGGUCUACAAUUUUGUUUUUGGUGUCCUUUGACAGCUCUUUGGUCUUGGCCAUAGUGGAGUUUGGAGUGUGACUGUUUGAGGUUGUGGACAGGUGUCUUUUAUACUGAUAACAAGUUCAAACAGGUGCCAUUAAUACAGGUAACGAGUGGAGGACAGAGGAGCCUCUUAAAGAAGAAGUUACAGGUCUGUGAGAGCCAGAAAUCUUGCUUGUUUGUAGGUGACCAAAUACUUAUUUUCCACCAUAAUUUGCAAAUAAAUUCAUUAAAAAUCCUACAAUGGGAUUUUCUGGAUUUUUUUUUCUCAAUUUGUCUGUCAUAGUUGACGUGUACCUAUGAUGAAAAUUACAGGCCUCUCUCAUCUUUUUAAGUGGGAGAACUUGCACAAUUGGUGGCUGACUAAAUACUUUUUUUCCCCACUGUAUAUAUCCCACAGCUGUUGCUAGGGAGUAAAGAUGUUAGUGUCACACCAGCCUUCGCUUUGGCUCCCCCUCCUGUCCAGCUCAGGCGUUUGGCGUCGCCGGCCUUCUAGCUGCUGCCGAACCUACUGCUGGCAAACGCCCUUCACUCAUCAACCCCAGACAUGUCUCGUCAUCAUUACACACACCUGGUUCCAAUCCCCACUCUAUCACUGUAUAAAUACUCCCUAAGCCAUUUCUCUUUGUCGGUCAUUGUAAAUGUUACUUGUUUUCCUUAGAGGAAUCUCUCCUACUAUUUCCUGAGUACUAUAUAUUUUGCACUUUGGGUACGCCCUGUGCUUUUUUGUUCAUGAAGAUAUAUUUUGAGCACAACAGCGUUUGGGUUUCGUCCUGCUUUGAUCUAUGGUGCUUAAAUACAUUCAGUAGUUCUAAACCUGCGACUGCCUCCUGCCUACUCCUCUCUACACCAGUGACAGUUAGGGACAAUAUAGGAUGAAUCACAAUAAUUGUUUGUAAUUUUUGUAAUGGCAAUCCUGGUUAGAGGUAACAAUCCUUUGCAUGAACUGCCUACAUUAUUACAAAUAUAAUUAGUUAAUUAUGGAAAUUAAGAUAAGCAGGAUUUGUAAUAUAUAGUUUUUAAUAGCUAUAUACAGUUGAAGUCAGAAGUUUACAUACACCAUAGCCAAAUACAUUUAAACUCAGUUUUUCACAAUUCCUGACAUUUAAUCCUAGUAAAAAAUUCCCUGUUUUAGGUCAGUUAGGAUCACCACUUUAUUUUAAGAAUUUGAAAUAAUUGUAGAGAGAACGAUUUAUUUCAGCUUUUAUUUCUUUCAUCACAUUCCCAGUGGGUCAGAAGUUGAUACACUCAAAUAGUAUUUGGUAGCAUUGCCUUUAAAUUGUUUAACUUGGGUCAAACGUUUUGGGUAGCCUUCCACAAGCUUCCCACAAUAAGUUGGGUGAAUUUUGGCCCAUUCCUCCUGACAGAGCUGGUGUAACUGAGUCAGGUUUGUAGGCCUCCUUGCUCGCACACACUUUUUCAGUUCUGCCCACAAAUGUCCUAUAGGAUUGAGGUUAGGGCUUUGUGAUGGCCACGCCAAUACCUUGACUUUGUUGUCCUUAAGCCAUUUUGCCACAACUUUGGAAGUAUGCUUGGGGUCAUUGUCCAUUUGGAAGACCCAUUUGCGACCAAGCUUUAACUUCCUGACUGAUGUCUUGAGAGUUGCUUCAAUAUAUCUAUAUAUAUCUAGUAAUUUUUCCAACAAUUGUUUACAGACAGAUUAUUUCACUUAAUCACAAUUACAGUGGGUCAGAAGUUUACAUACACUAAGUUGACUGUGCCUUUAAACAGCUUGGAAAAUUCCAGAAAAUGAUGUCAUGGCUUUAAAAGCUUCUGAUAGGCUAAUUGACAUAAUUUGAGUCAAUUGGAGGUGUACCUUUGGAUGUAUUUCAAGGCCUACCUUCAAACUCAGUGCCUCUUUGCUUGACAUCAUGGGAAAAUCAAACGAAAUCAGCCAAGACCUCAGUAAAAAAAUUGUAGACCUCCACAAGUCUGGUUCAUCCUUGGGAGCAAUUUCCAAAUGCCUGAAGGUACCACGGUCAUCUGUACAAACAAUAGUACGUAAGUAUAAACACCAUGGGACCACGCAGCCGUCAUACCACUCAGGAAGGAGACGCGUUCUGUCUUUUAGAGAUGAACGUACUUUGGUGCGAAAAGUGCAAAUCAAUCCCAGAACAACAGCAAAGGACCUUGUGAAGAUGCUGGAGGAAACAGGUACAAAAGUAUCUAUAUCCACAGAAAAACAAGUCCUAUAUCGACAUAACCUGAAAGGUCGCUCAGCAAGGAAGAAGCCACUGCUCCAAAACCGCCGUAAAAAAGCCAGACUACGGUUUGCAACUGCACAUGGGGACAAAGAUCGUACUUUUUGGAGAAAUAUCCUCUGGUCUGAUGAAAUAAAAAUAAAACUGUUUGGCCAUAAUGACCAUUGUUAUGUUUGGAGGAAAAAGGGGGGGGGGGGGGGGGGCUUGCAAGCCGAAGAACACCAUCCCAACCGUGAAGCACGGGGGUGGCAGCAUCAUGCUGUGCGGGGUGCUUUGCUGCAGGAGGGACUGGUGCACUUCACAAAAUAGAUGGCAUCAUGAGUAAGGAAAGUUAUGUAGAUAUAUUGAAGCAACAUCUCAAGACAUCAGUCAGGAAGUUAAAGCUUGGUCGCAAAUGGGUCUUCCAAAUGGACAAUGACCCCAAUCAUACUUCCAAAGUUGUGGAAAAAUGUCUUAAGGAUAACAAAGUCAAGGUAUUGGAGUGGCCAUCACAAAGCCCUGACCUCAAUCCUAUAGAAAAUGUGUGGACAGAACUGUGGUCCUCUGUAGCUCAAUUGGUAGAGCAUGGCGCUUGUAACGCCAGGGUAGUGGGUUCGAUCCCCGGGACCACCCAUAUGUAAAAAUGUAUGCACAUCGUAAGUCGCUUUGGAUAAAAGCGUCUGCUAAAUGGCAUAUUAUAUUAUAUUAUUAUAAAACUGAAAAAGCGUGUGCGAGCAAGGAGGCCUACAAACCUGACUUAGAUAUACCAGCUCUGUCAGGAGGAAUGGGCCAAAAUUCACCCAACUUAUUGUGGGAAGCUUGUGGAAGGCUACCCGAAACGUUUGACCCAAGUUAAACAAUUUAAAGGCAAUGCUACCAAAUACUAAUUGAGUGUAUGUAAACUUCUGAACCACUGGGAAUGUGAUGAAAGAAAUAAAAGCUGAAAUAAAUCACUCUACUAUUAUUCUGACAUUUCACAUUCUUAAAAUAAAGUUGUGAUCCUAACUGACCUAAGACAGGGAAUUUUUACUAGGAUUAAAUGUCAGGAAUUGUGAAAAACUGAGUUUAAAUGUAUUUGGCUAAGGUGUAUGUAAACCUCCGACUUCAACUGUACAUACUACAUCAAUUACCUCGACUAACCGGUGCACCCCCACAUUGAUUCUGUACCGGUACCCACCUGUACAUAGCCUAGCUACUGUUAUUUUUGCUGUUAUUUCACUGCUUUUAUUUUGUACUUAUCUAUUGUUUACUUAACACUUAUUUUUCUUAACACUGCAUUGUUGGUUAAGGGCUUGUAAGUAAGCAUUUUACUGUAAGGUCUACAACUGUUGUAUUCGGCGCAUGUGACAAAUAUAAUUUGAUUUGAUUUGACAUAAACAAUCUGAAUUAUACAGUCAUAACACAUUUAUUACAGUGUGAUGAACAGCUGACGUGUGUCCACAGUGAAGUCAAUCAACAACGGGAUCAGUCUGAAAGAGGGGCAGGCUGUGAAGGCUCCCGAGGUCAAGAAGGAGAGGAAGGUGGUGAAGAAGUUGUACCCCAACUCAGCUCUGUUUACAAGCUGGGGUGACGAGCUCUCAGAGGAGGAGCAGAAAGAGGCAGAGGGGCUGUUUCAGAUGUAUGGAUACAAUGCCUUCCUGAGUGACAGACUACCCCUGAACAGGGAAAUCCCUGAUACUCGCGAUCCUAAGUAAAUCAUUUUCCUCAUCUCUCCUCCACCUCUACACAAUAAAUGAUGUAUAACUCAAGACUUCUGAAUUCUAACCACAGUCCGUUGCAUCCGAGGUCAUCCGAGGUCAAUUCCAUCUCCAGCACUUUUAAUGCAGUUUGAUGAAUGACAUUGAAAUUGACAAUAACUUUAAGAGUGAAACAACAGCUUUGGUGAAGUGAAUUAAUGAUAUGAGCAAGACCAAAUGUUUUUGUUGUGCCUGUUAGGUGUGCUAAUCACCAGUACCCCCAUGACCUGCCCACCAUCAGCGUGGUGUUGAUCUACUUGGACGAGGCCCUGUCCAUCAUCAAGAGAGCUGUCCGCAGCAUCAUAGACAAGACCCCCCAACGCCUGCUCAAAGACAUCAUACUGGUGGAUGACCACAGCUCCAAUGGUUCGCCUAAUUGCUCCCUUUUCUAUGCAUAGAAACAUUUGAAAGUAUAUUUGUUAACAUUUAGAUUGAACCUUGAUUGAAAGGUGUGGCUUUCAACUUUUGUUGUGUUUCACUGAUUUGCAAGUUUCUGCUUUCACAGAGGAUCUAAAGGAGAAGUUGGACGUCUACAUCAGCUUCAUCCAAGAAGAGCGUCCGGGCCUGGUGAAGAGAGUGAGACACUCAGAGCAGCUCGGUCUCACACAGGCCCGCCUCUCAGGGUGGAGGGAAGCUGAAGGAGAUGUGGUGGCCAUCUUGGAUGCCCACAUAGAGGUCCAUGUGGAAUGGUAGUCUAAAUGUUUUUUGUUAUAAAAUAUGCUUUUGAAUCCCUCCUCCCAACAUGGUAUUUUCAGUCUGUGUUUGUGUGAACAGGGCGGAGCCUCUGUUAGCUCGGAUAAAGGAGGACCGCACGUUGGUGUUGACACCGGUGUUUGACAAAGUCCAUUUCGAUGACUUGACAGUCUCACGUUAUUGGCCUGCUGCAGACGCCUUUGACUGGGCCCUGUGGUGUAUGUACGAGUCCUUCAGACCUGAGUGGUACGCCUUGAAAGAUGAGUCACAGCCAGGAAAGUGAGUUGUUCAUGAUUUCAUCAUAGGAUGAUAGUCCAGUUUCACAAAUCUUUUUGAAUAGGCGAUAAGGAAAGCACAGCAUUGGGACAAAAAUCUCACCUAAUAUUUACACCUUGAUUAUUAUUUUGCGUUAUCUAUUCAUUAAAAUGAAUGUCACUUCUCCCAGUGUAGAAAUGACCAUGAUUUGUACUGUAUGUUUGUCAGGAGCCCCUCCAUUAUGGGCAUACUAGUGGUUGAUCGCCUGUUCUUUGGGGAAAUUGGUGCUCUCGACGGUGGUAUGAAGAUCUAUGGAGGUGAAAAUGUUGAACUUGGCAUUCGGGUAAGCCCCUCUGCUACAGUUGCUAAAUGAAUGUUUGAAAUCAAAGCAGACUUGUGUUUGCAGAAUUACUUUCUGUUCUUGACUCAUUCAGUUUGAACAAACCAAUCUACAUCCAACAUCCAGACACUUCAGUCCAUAUCUAUAAACUCUUCCUUCUCUCUUGGUGUGUGGUUUUUUCUAGGUGUGGCUGUGUGGUGGAAGUGUUGAGGUCAUACCUUGUUCUAAAAUAGCCCACAUCGAGAGGGCCCAUAAACCCUAUCUCCCCGACCUGAGCAUUACAAUGAAGAGGAAUGCUCUGAGAGUGGCUGAGGUCUGGAUGGAUGAAUACAAACAUAAUGUCAACAUCGCCUGGAACCUCCCACUGAAGGUACUGUACAGAACAAACCAUUCAAAAAGUAGGUUUUGUUCAUCUGCUCCUAUAGAAUAACAAUAAUCGCUGUUAUGCAUGCUUUGUGUUUGAAAAUAAGUAGAUUAGACAAUAAAUAUUAUGAAAACUGUGUAUUACUCAAUGCCAUAAUAAAGAUCAUAGGAUCUAUGUGAAAUGAUGGAGGUAAACAAAAAUGGAUAAUAGGUGGAUUGUUCACAUGGCCUGUGUUUCUGAUUUAGAAAUCUUCCUCUUUCUCACCACAGGACCAUGGCAUAGACAUUGGGGAUGUUUCAGAGAGGAAGAAGUUGAGAAAGAGGUUGAACUGCAAGCCCUUCCAGUGGUAUCUGGACAACGUGUAUCCCAUGUUAGACCCCCUGGGUGACUUGCUUGGUUAUGGAGCUGUGAGUGAUGCUGAAAACAUUUAUCAUUGUUCUGGAAUUAUUUCCUCACCAACUGUGUUUGGUGGCAUUCAUGGCAUCCUUCUUUCAAUAGGAUGCAGGGUCAUGAAUCCAACUCAUUAUCAGGAUAGGAAUCUGCACUUUUAUAACUGUUUAAUCUCUGUCUAUAAAAUCAACAGCUGGUCAAUGACCUGAAGACGGAUCUCUGUAUAGAUCAGGGCCCAGUUCCAGGGAACACACCUAUUGUGUAUGGCUGCCAUUAUUUUGGUCCACAGGUUUGUAGAAUCAUUGCUUAGUAUUUCAGAAUUUAACUAGAUGUGUAAUAUGAUCCAUCCUAUGGCAGACCCAGGAUUCAACCCAUAACACAAGAACACAAUGUAAAGUAUUGUCAAUAGCACAAACUCAGAAAAGCGAAAAUAUCUAUCCUCUCUGUCCAGAACUGUUAUUAUCGAGCCAGUGGGGAAAUCUACAUUGGAGGCAUCAAGUCUCACAAGUACAACAGUAAUCGCUGUCUGGUGGACACUGGCACUCGAACCCCAGGACUGUAUGAGUGCAAGGUGGCCAAGCAGAAGGGAUUCCACAUGCUCUGGGACUUUCAACAGGUGAGCACUCCACAUGAAAUAGGGAAAUAGAUGCUUAUAAACUGUUGGAAACAAGGGAGAUGUCUAUGACAUUUUAAGUUUUUGUAUUGUGAUGUAGUACAGUAGAAUGUUUGCUGUGUUUUACAGGGAAAAGCCAUCCAGAAUAGACAGACAAAGAGAUGUCUGGAGAUUGCCUCAGGGGACGACACCUACUACAAGCUCAUCAUUCAGGAGUGCAGUGGGCAGCACUGGAAAAUACAGAAUCUGAUAAAAGACUUCUGAUACACUGAGAUAGUUAGGCCUACCAGAGACAAUACAGCAGGACUAUAGGAGUUAUGUUGCGAUAAUAAGCAAGUAGGAAGGUGGUAUUUACCACAUACGACUGGUAAAAGUCCACUUGAACGCCCCUCUAACUGGUAAUUACUAGUGGGAAACUCGUCUAUCAUCCCUGAGCUCCGACUUCUCCCAUAUGCUGACCUCUAAAGUCACCUACUAAGGAAAUUACCUUUUAAACAAUAUUUUCAGCAGUUAAAUGUAACAACAAAACAUUAUUUACAAAAAGCAGUCUACAAAUAUGUUUUUGAACCCCACAUUUUUUUACAAACAUGGUAGCUGUACUUAUAGUUUAUGGUUGACGCAGCUUGUUGGCCAUUAGCCAAUCAGCGUUUUUCAACGAGUUCAAAGCAUGUGAAUGCAUCCAACUUGUAUUUACGACUUCACAACUGGUAACUACCAACUUCCCACUUUGUUAUGAACACAGCAUUAUCAUCAUGCUUUGAAAAUCUUAUCGGUAGUUAGCAGUGAGAUGACUUUGUGAUCUUAGUGAGCGGUUGGUUGUACAAAUCUUCAUGGGGACAGAUGUACCGUUUCUUCACAGAAUGUGAAAUGCUAUUCAGCUGUGUUUUCCUUGGUCCUGCAUGUAAAUGCAAAGAAAUAAUAAAUAUCAUUCCUGUAUUUACGCUCAUUUGUGGUUUGUUAUUGAUUCACUGUAGAUUUUUACCAAAGGGGGUCGUACAAUAUUUGUCUGCAGUGACAUAUAGAGCUGAGUUGACGUCCGCCUUACUUAUCCGGAGGUGGUAGACAGGGUUCCCGCGAUGUCGUAGGCGAGACUGGAGACCCCGCUGCCGCGGCUUCCGCUCCGCCUGCUGCCGGUGCUGGUUGGGUGUCCACCCGGCUCUGCACGGCGAUCGUCAGCUGGCAGAGAUUCUUGGUGAUCUGCUGCAGGCUGUGGUCGGGCUGGUUCAGCAUGGCUCCCUGUGUUGCCAAUGCGCUAUGAUACUGUGCUGCCUCCGCUGGGUCCAUAGUGGCUCAGUUUUCUGUAAGGGUUGGUGUGAGGUGUGACCCAUGUGUGGUGCAGGUUAGACAGUAGGCAGUAGGCUGAUAUGGUGAAACAAGGAACUUUACUGAUGGUCCCGAAGCCAGGAUACAAAAUAACGGACUUUACACGAAAAAGAAAGGCAGAGCAAAUAAGACUCCAAAAAACAGGCAGAGAGCCAAAAAUACGAAAUACUAACUAUGACUGAAAUAAUAAAUAAACAGGGAAAACACUUCUCACGUACCUGUCCAUACGUCCCACGAUCAGACACUGAUUAGUAUUGCUUGGCAUAGUGAAACUAGCAGAGAAAACUGAGCAAGGGAACACAGGGAAGUGAGGGCAUAAAUACACAAGUGACACCAAUAGGAAGAUGAUUAGUCCCGACUGUGAGUGAGGAGGUAGGAGGUGCCUAAGGUUGUCGGAGGAUGACACCUAGUGGGUCGCUCUGGAACUGCGACCCCCUGCUGUAACACAUGGCCAGCCCCCUCUCUUUUAACUGUGAUGGCAGUGAGCUAUUUCUAUGGUAGAGUCUCGGUUACUAGGACAUAUAACUACAACUCACAGACAAACACCUCACAGAAGUCAUAGGAGUGCCCAGUGGUCCAUAUAAAAGCUGGUAGGGUUGAGGGCAAAAGGACUGUAUUAAAGUUGGCUUCCUUCACUGUUUCAUACAGGCCAGUAAUAUGGAGUGAAUGCUAUGUUGUUGAUCCUCUGUAUUUUCAAGUAUUGCCGUGGCAGCAUCAUGUUAAUAGUAUGCUUGUCAUCAGCAGGGACUGGGGAGUUUAUACAAAAGGGCCAUGUUGUAUCUUGACUCUUCAGAUUAACUUAAGACUCAGGUUUGGGGACCGAGACGGAUAAAUCCUUUUAGAUGCAACGAGUGUUUACUGAAAAGUUGUGUGUCUUACAUUACUUCAGGAUGUCCCUUUAA